AAAUGAAAAAGGGAAAAAAAGGGAAAGGAAAGGAAAGGAAAGGAAAGGAAGGGAAAGACACGGUGGUGGAGUUCUAGGGCUCACCACGAGCUUGUGUACUUCUGCCUAAUAUUGUUCAUCCUCAAAUUGAUCGUCUUCUCAUUUCAUAUUUGUAGCAGAAUUAUCGGAUCAGGGUUUCGAACAGACUUUGUGGGCUAGGAUAUUUUUUGACUGAAUAAUUCAACUUCUGGAGCGUAUUGUCUCUGAAAAUUUAAAAAUGGAGGGUACGGAACAGUGGAAGGUUCAGGUAGAACAAUUGAAGGUCCAGAUGGAGCAAUGGCUGGAACAAGGCUUGGAGUUUGUUCACCAAAUACCCCCAAUUCAACUCUACGUUGGGGUUGGUGUGUUGUUGUUUACCACCCUACUUCUUUUAUUCACUCGCUUGUUUAAGCGCAGGAAAUCGAAUACCAUUGUACUCAGUGGGCUCAGUGGAAGUGGGAAAACUAUUCUUUUUUAUCAACUUCGCGAUGGUUCCUCUCAUCAGGGUACUGUUACAUCCAUGGAACCUAACGAGGGCACUUUUGUGCUUCAUUCUGAAAUAGCAAAGAAGGACAAACUGAAGCCUGUUCAUCUUGUUGAUGUCCCUGGGCAUUCUCGCCUUCGAGCCAAACUAGAUGACUUUUUGCCUCAAGCAGCUGGUGUAGUCUUUGUGGUGGAUGCUUUGGAUUUUUUGCCCAACUGUCGUGCAGCUUCAGAGUAUCUUUAUGACAUUCUGACUAAUGCGAGUGUUGUGAAGAAGAAAAUCCCUGUCCUGAUACUAUGCAACAAAACAGACAAGGUGACAGCCCACACAAAGGAGUUUAUCAAUAGGCAGAUGGAAAAAGAGAUUGACAAGUUACGUGUAUCGAGAAGUGCAAUCUCAGCUGCUGAUAUCGCAAAUGACUUCACACUAGGAAUACCUGGAAAAGCAUUUUCGUUCACACAGUGCCAUAACAAAGUUGCCGUUGCUGAAGCCUCUGGAUUGACGGGUGAAGUAUCUGAGGUGGAGCAAUUUAUAAGGGAAAAUGUCAAGUUCUAGAUGUACAUUCGAUACUACGUGUUGAUUGGUGCUUUUUUGCCCCUUCGAUAUGAAACCCCGACAUUUGUACUUUUGAGAAUUUCUGAAUUUCAUCUCAAUUUUUGUAGUUUCUUAAGACUGAAGAAGUUAUAUGUCCAUGCCUUCUUCCCUUGUUGAUAAAAGGACCAAUAUUUUAGUGGGAAACUGUCGGUACAAUGUCAUACAAAGCCAGAAACGUUGUUUUUUUUAAAUAAUAGAAAGUGAAAUCAAGAUGUUGUUGCUUUC